AUGCCGUCCCUCAAACAUGCUUUCGCUUGGACGGCGUACAAGUUCGCUUCGACCGUAUUAGAUGAUAUUUGGCCUAUGGUUCUUUUCUUUUCUGGUAUAGCAACAAUGGUAUGCUGCGUCAGUAGAUUCACCAGUACUAGUCUCGGAAUAAAUUCAGUCAUGCUCACUGUCCUCGGUACUAUCGUCUCUUUGAUCGUCUCGUUCAAGACUAACAGUUCAUACGGAAGAUGGUGGGAUGGACGUAACGUUUGGUCCAACUUGACCUCUAAUUCUAGACAAUUGGCAAUGAUAAUCUGGAUGCAAGUCCCCAACGCUCCUCCACCACCCAAAGAGGACGGUAAGAAGAAAGACGAGAAAGAAAAAGAGAAAGAAAAGGAGCAAGUGAAGAAAGAAACAUCAAAAGAAACGUUAGAUGGAUAUAGCACAGCACCAUCUUCAACCCAUUCUUCAUCCUCUUCGUCCGAUACAGCUGAGAACCAAGAAGAGAUUGAGAAGAAAAAGAAAGAAGAGGAGAAAGCUAGAUUGAAUAUGCAGGGACUGAUUGAGAAAAAAACGUAUAUCGGUCUGGUCCAAGCAUUCGCUGUAUCGAUGAAACAUGCUCUGCGAGGCGAAACAGGUCCCUUUUAUUCCGAUCUGUACCACCUCAUCGCUUUUUUACCCAAAUACAACCCAUCAGCAUACCCACCUAUCGACCGAUCUCAUAUCCUUGCAUUAUGGCAGAACGGCCUACCUCGUGAAAAAGCUGGCAAAUUCACCAAUUCCAUUGCCGUCCCCUUAACCACCUCUGUGGCAUUUAGGACUGAUGCGCUAAACCAACGUGAUAAUAUCCCAGAUCCAUUCCUUGAUACCGAAAAGGGAUCACCUGAUGGUUCGCAUACUGGCUCGACUACCGAUCCUAAAGCUUUCAAGAAUCUGGCAAUUCAAAGUGCCAAGUCAUUCGUAACGGUCGAUAAUCCGGAUGUAUUCGCUUUGAACAGACAGAGAUCUUCAUUACAAACUGUUAGAUCGGGUAGACCAGGCUCAGGUGGUCUGGGUCCUGAGGGAGAGAAUAUCACUUUGACAACUGUUGAAUUGAUGCCUCCUAGACAUCCACCUACACCCAAAAUAUGGGAUUUCUUCCCUCCCCUUAGGAUAUUCAAGAUUGUUUACGAUUGGUUCAGAUGGCAUAAGAUUGGAGAAGAUAAUGAGAGGGCAAAAGGGGGAAAGAGGAAGAGGAAAAUGGGUAGUACGAUGGAAAUACCACAGGAGAUUUUAAUGUACCUUCAGGUAUACAUCACCGACCUGAUAACCCGAGGAUUAUUGCAUUCCUCCCUUAUUUCACCGACGCUAACAACCCUAAUGGAAUUACAAAAAGCCAUAUCGGACCUUGAAAAACUAGCCACAGAGAAAAUACCCAGUGCAUACACUUUUCAUCUCAGAUUGACGGUAUACAUAUACUUGUUCUUUCUCCCAUUUCAGGUAUACAAUUAUAUCGGAUGGGUAACUAUCCCAGCGGUAGCUCUGACAGCUACCAUUUAUUUGGGUUUCUUGGAGAUAGGGAUGCAGAUCGAGAUGCCCUUUGCGUAUGAUCAGAGUGAUUUGGAUCUGGAUAAGUAUGUGUUGAGGAUCGCUCAUCAGAUUGCUCAAGUGACUGCGUUCCCCACGCACAUCCCAGCUUCACAUGUAGUUCUCUCGCACUUGAAUCAACCUUUCCUCCCAUCGCUGGACAUGAGCGCACCGGAUAUCCUAGGUAUACCCGAACGUCAACCUCGUCCUACGGAAAAAGGAGGUGCUCAUUCUUGGUGUUCGUAUGAUGGUAAACAUGCUCAUGACCAUGAACAUAGCAAGGAAGGAUUGAGAAAGAGGAAAGUGACAUCACCAGGAGAAGCACAUAAAGAUGGUAUGGAACAUCAUGAACUUCUACUCAACCAUCACAACGAAGAAGGAGAGGAGGAGGAGGAGGAUGAGGAAGAGGUCAAGGCUAAGCCUUUAGCUAGGAAUAUGAGAGAUAUAGAAAUGGUGUUGAAUGCCAAUUGGAGGGAAAUCACAGCUGAGACGGAAGAUUUCAUAGGUAAACCUAGGGAUCAGUUGGAAAAUAGGACUGGGUUGGAAGUGGCCGUUUUGACUCUGUAG